GGUGAAAACCAAGUUUAGAAGAGAAAAUUGUAAGAAGCAAAGAAAGUCAAAAAGUUUGUUUUGGUUUCCUCAAAUCGCAGUUAGCACCUCUUGAUUUUGAAACUUUCUCUUAUUUUACCGUUUCUUACACCAACACCAAACCAAACCAAAAACUCGAAACAAUGGAAGUUAAACGCCGAACAGCUCGAAAUCUCGUAUCCAAACUAAGCUCAGUUUCCGAACAGACCCGAACUGAUGCUUUGUGCGAACUACGCCUAAUUUCCAAACACGAUCCCGAUAGCCGACCCUUGAUUGCCGAUGCCGGAGCUGUUCCUUACCUUUCCGAAACCCUUUACGGUUCUUCUCCCACCAUUCAAGAAAACGCCUCCGCCACUUUGUUGAAUAUCUCCAUUUCUUCCCGCGCUUCUCUCAUGUCCACUCGCGGCUUCCUCGACGCGUUAUCGCACGCUCUCAGUAAUUCCCCUUCUCCCACUGUGGUCCAGUCCUGCGCCGCCACUCUUCACAGCCUUCUUAUUGCCGAGGACACUUACCGGCCAAUAAUUGGAUCCAAACGUGACAUUCUUUACACUCUGCUAUCUAUCAUCACUGAUAACAACGCGCCGCCUCGGUCGAUUAAGGAUGCGUUGAAGGCGUUGUUUGGGGUCGCGCUUUUCCCGUUGAACCGGGCCAGUUUGGUGGGUCUCGGGGCGGUUCCCGCUCUGGUGUCGUUGAUAGUCAGAGACGCGAGGACGGGGAUCGUCGAGGAUGCGACGGCGGUGCUGGCGCAGAUUGCGGGUUGCGAAGAGAGUGAAGAAGCGAUGAGGAAGGCGGGUGGGGUUAGGGUGUUGGGCGAUUUGUUGGAUGAAGGGACUGGAGCCAGUGAAAGAAUAAGGGAAAACGCGGUGGCGGCUCUGUUGAACUUGGCGCGCUGCGGCGGCGAGAAGGGGAGGAAAGAAGUGAAAGAAAUGGGGGCUAAAGUGAUCGAAGGAAUUACUGACUUGACGAAGAAUGGAAGUGCUAAAGGGAAGACCAAAGCAGCCGAAUUGCUGAAAAUCGUUGUUGAUGGAUAUGGGAACCAAAGUGAAGUGAGGGAUUUUAGGUUCAAUACUUCCUCUGAUUUUAUGAAUCAUUCUAUAUGAAGUCCUUUGCAUUUUGAUAUUUUUUGUUGUAGAUUUAGGCGAAUAUUUGUUGCAAAUAUAUAUAUUUGAUGGUCUGAUAAUGUAGAACGAAUGAUUCAAUAUUCGAAUUAGUACAUUAUACUGUUGUCAUAUUAAAGAAAUUUAGGAGAUUUUGAUGGGAUAACCAGUUGUGGUGUAUAGAUUUGUUCAACUGUGUUAAUUAAAACUUUAUUUGUUAUAUGGUGUCAUUCGGCACAAUA